AAGUCCGGCGAGCAACGCGCCGCGGGGAGGCUGAAGGAAGCUCCGCGCCGGGCCGGGUCCUGGAGAUGGUCCUCGGCGCCGCGGGCUGGUGUUGUCUCGUGCUCUGGCUCCCCACGUGCGUCGCAGCCCACGGCUUACGCAUCCAUGAUUAUUUGUACUUCCAAGUGCUGAGUCCUGGAGACAUUCGAUACAUUUUCACAGCUACACCUGCAAAGGACUUUGGUGGUAUCUUUCACACACGGUAUGAGCAGAUUCACCUUGUCCCUGCGGAACCUUCAGAGGCCUGUGGAGAACUCAGCAACGGUUUCUUCAUCCAGGACCAGAUUGCUCUGGUGGAGAGGGGGGGCUGCUCCUUCCUCUCCAAGACCCGGGUGGUGCAGGAGCACGGUGGGCGGGCAGUGAUCAUCUCUGACAACGCAGUGGACAACGACAGCUUCUACGUGGAAAUGAUCCAGGACAGUACCCAGCGCACGGCUGAUAUCCCUGCCCUCUUCCUGCUCGGUCGAGAUGGCUACAUGAUCCGCCGCUCCCUGGAACAGCAUGGGCUGCCAUGGGCCAUCAUUUCCAUCCCAGUCAAUGUCACCAGCAUCCCUACCUUUGAGCUGCUGCAACCGCCCUGGACCUUUUGGUAGAAGAAUUGGUCCCAUCUUCCAGCCAUAAACAACUCUAGGCUGGGAAGGGGAAAUCCAGGAAUUCUGCUGUUUGGGACUUGGAGAUACCACUUGGGGACAGGUGGAACCAGGUAGAGGAAGAAGGCCUGGGCCUUAGCUAGGCUAAGGGAAGCCAUGCAACUGUUUUCUGUUCCCCAGGGCCCCCAAGGGUGUCUCAUGGUAUGGGACGAUGCAAGACCCAUGCCCCAGGGCUUCUUGGCUAGAAUCUGGAACAAAAGGGGCUAAAGGCAGGUGGCCUGAGAGCCAUCUGUGACCUGGCUCACAUCCCACCUGGCUCCAGUCUCCCCCACCCAGGGUCUCAGUGUCCCUCAUAGCAGUUGCUGGGGUGGUAUAAGGAACUGGUGUUUGAGGACAUAAUUCCUCACUGACUUUUUAGCAAUAAAGCCUCAGGGUUGCAA